UGGAAAGAAGAGGUAGAGAAGAGAAGAAUGUGUGUCAGUGAGUCAGGAAGAGCUGAAUGGAGAUUACGCAGGACAGUACCAGUAGAGAAGACACAACAAAACAAGGAGCCAAACAUUUCGUUCAUUUAUCCAGAGACAGAGACAGCGAAAGAUGAAGAGUUUGGCCAAACUUCAGGGAAACACAGAGCAACCGCUGAUGUCUUUAUCAAACACUCUCCCAUCCUUGGAUGAUCAGCACUCGAUGCAAGAACAUACUGAAAGGAGUCUUUUGCUGGAAGACAAACAGGGUUGUUCAAAGAAGAGUACAGAAUUGGAAAAUGCAGAACAAAGCUGGAGCUUAAGACCCAAACACAUACCUGAGGGCAAAGAGUCAUACACAUUGACAGGGCUCAGCGAUGUCUCUUUGCCUCCUGAUCCACCUUCAGCCUCAGUCUCCACUGAUGACCUCUCUCCAAUCUCACCCUGCAACCAUCAGCCUCUUUUCACUAGAAAAAUAUCUACCACACCACAGCGCUCCAUCAAGGCCCUCAAGAGAUGGUUGAGCAGCCCAGCUCGAAAGCUUAGUCUGGGCAGAGUUGGCAAGGGUCAGAGCUCAAAGGUCAUUCAGAGCCCAGAAGGGUCAUCCUCUAUGUUUCUCACUCUCUCAUCUACUCAAAGCCCACUGAGCCCAGCGGAAUCCAAGAAACUGCCCUGCUCCUACAGAUCUCUGGACUGUGCUGAACUUUCAGGGCCAGCAUCUCCUGGCAGUCCCCAUUACCCAAGAUACCCAAGGCAUCACUCUUGCAAUGUGCAUUCUGGGGAGAGAGAUCCCGACUUGAGUGACGAGACACGUAUAUAUUCGCAGAGCAUAGAGGAUGAUGAGCAGGAGAGAAGAACUGCUUUAGAGAAAAGCAUAUAUGUGCUGUCAGAGCUGAUAGAAACAGAGAAGCUGUAUGUGGACGAUCUGGGGCUUGUAGUGGAGGGUUAUAUGGCUACAAUGAGAAGUGCUGGGGUGCCAGAGUAUUUGGUGGGAAAGGAUAAAAUUGUGUUUGGGAACAUUCAUCAGAUCUAUGACUGGCACAAAGACUAUUUUCUUGGGGAGUUGGAGAAAUGUGUGUGUGAACCUGACCUGCUGGCACAACUGUUUAUCAAACAUGAGAGGAGGCUCAACAUGUAUGUGGUUUACUGUCAGAACAAGCCAAAGUCAGAGCACAUCGUCUCAGAGUACACUGAAACCUAUUUUGAGGAACUGAGACAACAGCUGGGUCACAGACUGCAGCUAAAUGACCUGCUCAUCAAACCAGUUCAGAGAAUCAUGAAAUAUCAGCUUCUGCUAAAGGACUUCUUGAAGUGCUACACUAAAGCAGGCAGACAAACUGAAGAUCUUGAGAGGGCAGUAGAGGUGAUGUGUUUUGUUCCAAAGCGAUGUAAUGACAUGAUGAAUGUUGGAAGACUACAGGGUUUUGAGGGUCAACUUAGAGCACAAGGAAAACUCUUGCAACAGGACACCUUCACAUUCACUGAGAAUGAGAACAGCAUCCUCUCCCGUCCCAAAGAGAGACGGGUGUUCCUCUUCGAGCAACUUGUCAUCCUCAGUGAACCAAUCGACCGCAAGAAAGGAUUUUCCCUGCCAGGAUACAUCUACAAAAACAGCAUCAAGAUUAGUUGUUUGGGAAUUGAGGAUCAUUGCCCAGAAGACCCAUGUCGGAUGGUGUUGACAUCUCGUAAUAUUGAUGGAAGCAUGCAACGAUUUAUUCUUCGUGCAUCAUCUCCAGAAAUCAUAAUGACCUGGGCAAAUGACAUCAUACAAAUGCUGGAGACACAGCGCAACUUCUUAAACGCCCUGCAGUCUCCUAUUGAAUUCCAGAGGAAAGGAAUUACAUUUCUCAGCCUGGGAGAGAACUUGACAACUUCACCCUCACUGAACUCUGGCCUGCAACCUUUUCGCUCUGCCUCCAUAGACCGCCACGGUCAGCCCUGUCUGCACUCCUGGAGUCCUUCACAACCUUCUAUGCCCCAUUGAAAGCUUUCUGACAGUCUGUGAAGGCAGUUUCUCAUCUUCCUCUUCCCUCAACUCAUACAAUGCCCCAUCUGUUACCCUCAAGAGAGCAUUAUAAGAAGAUAAAGGAAGACUUAGGCCAUUUGUUAGUUCAUUUCAAUAUAAGUCACACAAACAAACUGUAAACCUAUCACAAGCUUCAAUCUUUGACAAUGUUAACAAUUUGAGUAUUUUAUACCUACUAGAUUACAUUUUCUACCAUAACAAAAAUGUUAUGUAUUUGACUGUAUAUGCUAAACUUUUUGUCACUGACAGGAUAUAAUUCAUGAAGUCAAAAUUAUAUUUGUAGCUACUGCUAAUUUUAUAUUACUGAAUGCAGAGGCUGAAUUUAGGCAUUUGACUUGGCAGAUUCUGUAAAUAUCAGGUAUGUGCACUUGAACCUUUUUGUAAAUGGACACAAUUUCAAGCUAUCCAAUGUGUUGCUAUUUCUUAUUUCAAUGUAGAUGUAUUCAUUAGCAGUUUAUAUUCAAUGACCCU